AUGAUGCGCCCACGGCCUGCGUCUUCCAUGCAGAAGACCUACGACGAAUGCUAUCUCGCGUGCUCUACCGCUGUAUACUUUGAGGGCCAGAACAACGAAGAGGAGGCAUUGCGGUCCUGGCGAUCCGCGCUCGAGACUAUCUACCAUCACAAUGCCCGUCGUGUCCCAUCGAACUAUACCCCGAAAUCUGAAACCGAGAAGGCCCUGCAGGACUCCAUUCGGGCGCUAGAGGUCCAAUGCCGAGAACGGGUCGAUCUCCUGGGCGCUCUCCGAGCCAGCAGAAAGGAAUCGGCAGAGGCUAAUGGCGGUGGUAAAGAGAGCGCUACUCUCGUGAAGGGUAAAUCUGUCACCAGCGCUCCGCCACCGCCGUCGUCCAACCUUCCCGGUUGGAUCGGAGAUGGAACGAUCCCUGCUGUCGGCUACACCGACCUUUCCAAACCCGCUGCUAUUCCCGGUCGACCCUCGCUGCCGACGAAACAAAGUUACGACUCGACCUUAUUGUACGAUGACGCUGGCCCUUCGCAUCUGUCUGCGGCUGGCACGCCUGCACUCCGGGUGAACUCGAAUUCCUCCGACAAAACGAAGUCCCGUGGCUCUAGUCCCGAGAGACGGAAACCCAUGUUGACCACUCUACGCAGUAGUGAUGGCAAGAAGAAUGGUAAGAAGGUCAAGGUUCCGUCGAAGAAAAAAGAGUCUCGGCCUGCUGCCUCCAAAGCAGCUGGGUUGGCCUGGGGAAGCAUCUACCGCUCUGCGUCGGGCGAAAAGCCCCCAAACGAUGCAGCCAUAGCAUCAUCACGGGCAAGCGCCACUGGUGACUCUUCUCAACGCCGAGAUCCAGAACCGAGAGUCAGUUCUAGUGAUGAACCGCGGCCGGCAAAAAAUCGCACUUCUCGUGAUCUGACGGGGGAUCGGAUCCCCACUGCCCAUUGGCGAGAGCCUCUUCGUGCGUCUCCGAAGAUGACCUCGCCAAAGAUGCCUACACAACCGCCAGCGCGACAGCCUCAUCCCCCGCCUCACAGUCCUCAAUUAUCGCAUCCGUCUCCGAUGUCUAUGCCAAAUCCGGCACAUUAUACAACUCCACCCAAGCCAUCUAUCAAGCCAAAGCCUGUCGCCUUACGAUCUUCCCAACCUUCUCGGCCACCUUCAAGUCAUCCGAUGCAAACUACCAGAUCUGAACAGACUUCAAGGACGAUAUCACCCCGGCUUGAUCGGGAAGCAAAUUCUUCAAAUGACCGGCCACGCACGAAGUCGGCACCCAAAGUCUCUAGGAUCAGUGAAACUGCUCGGGCUUCUCCGUCAUCUGGUAGUGGCGACGAUGUCUACCGUGGUGUGGACCGACUGGCAAUAUCACGGAGAAAUGGAGAUAGUGCAACAAGACGAAAGCCUCCUCCUGUGGAACGGCGAGAGACACCACCAUCAAGUGAUCAAGAGACUUCAGACCAGCGAUCUUCGGCAGACGAGGCAGAAGACGAAGGCGAAGAAGACGACGAGGACAUCAACAAAAUUUUGGAAAAACUACCCAAGGGCGUUGACCCCGUCUCAGCAAAGCAGAUUCUAAAUGACAUUGUAGUACGCGGUGAUGAAGUGCACUGGGAUGACAUUGCCGGGCUAGAAGGAGCCAAAAAGGCUCUUAAAGAAGCAGUGGUUUACCCAUUCCUUCGCCCCGAUCUCUUUUCCGGUCUCCGCGAACCAGCCCGUGGAAUGUUAUUAUUUGGCCCUCCAGGCACUGGUAAGACUAUGCUCGCACGGGCAGUAGCCACGGAAUCAAAGUCGACCUUCUUCUCCGUCUCUGCAUCAAGUCUUACAUCCAAAUGGCAUGGCGAAAGCGAGAAGCUCGUGCGUGCUCUUUUCGGUCUUGCCAAAGCUCUUGCCCCAUCCAUCAUCUUCGUCGAUGAGAUCGACUCUCUACUUUCUGCACGUUCGUCCGGCUCGGAGCACGAGGCCUCCCGUCGCUCGAAGACGGAAUUCCUGGUCCAGUGGUCUGAUCUCCAACGUGCAGCCGCUGGCCGCGAGCAAACAAGUCGCGAGAAGAAGGAAGGUGAUGCCAGUCGUGUGCUGGUCUUGGCUGCCACGAACAUGCCUUGGGAUAUUGAUGAGGCUGCUCGCCGGCGUUUUGUUCGUCGACAAUACAUUCCUUUACCCGAGCAUCAUGUUCGUGAGCAGCAAAUCCGCAAGCUUAUAGGCCAUCAACAUCAUGAGCUUAGCGACGCCGAUAUCCAAGUUUUGGUCCAUGUCACAGAAGGUUUCUCUGGUUCAGAUAUCACUGCUCUCGCUAAGGACGCCGCCAUGGGUCCCCUGCGCAACCUGGGCGAAGCCCUCCUCCACACACCCAUGGAUCAGAUCCGUGCCAUCAUAUUCCCUGACUUCGAAGCGAGUUUGUAUUCCAUUCGCCCUAGUGUUUCACCCGACGGGCUGAAAAAAUAUGAGGAUUGGGCGAGAGAGUUUGGCGAGCGAGGUGGAUAG